CCUUUCUAUGGUUGUCGUGGCUUUCUCAGUGAAGCGUCAUCAACAGGCUUUCUCCUUUUAGUGGUCUGGAUCGGCUGGAGUUCAGUAACAGAGGCAGUUAAAUCAGAUUGAGUCUUCUUCAGAGUCUUGAAACAAAUACUAAACAAAAUGCCUGGGCCUGCAUCUAGUGCAACAAAUGUCGGUGCCUCCAGCCGUUCCCCCAGUAAGACAGUGGCCCCUCGAGCUGCUGGAACAUCAGCAAGACAGAGGAAAGCUCCCAGCAGUGGUGCACGCAGUGGAGGCAGAUCCACAACGUCAGCUGGGGGGACAGGAGGGAUGUGGCGCUUUUACACUGAGGACUCACCAGGACUUAAAGUUGGCCCAGUACCAGUUUUGGUGAUGAGUCUGCUUUUUAUCGCAUCUGUAUUCAUGCUGCACAUCUGGGGAAAGUACACCCGCUCCUAAUCCUGAAUGACCUCUGAACUCUGAUCCUGAACCCUGUCACUGAAUCUUAAGCCAUUGGACUUGGACCAAACUCUGACCAUCAUCGCCCCAAUGCCCUUCUCUUUAUUAUAACCUCCAUUUCAAGGGGUGUUCGCCCCAUAAGAGUUUACCCAGUCACUACUACGACCAUUUAGUCAUUAUAAACUGAUUCAGUUUUUUUUUCUUCAUCACAGCAGAUUUUUUUUAAAAACCUUUGUACAAAACUAAAAUGUAAAAUUGUACAAUAAAAUGCUAUAAAACAUC